CCCAGCCUUGACGCGGGGUCUGGGGGCUCCUCGGGCGCCCAUUUAUUUCGUGCGUAAGAAGAAGCUCCAUUCAGGCAGCGAGCCGCUCUUCCCUGCCUGUUGGACUGCGAGGCAAACAAGCCAGGAGAUGCAUUCACAUCUCACAGCUGGCAUUUUAACCAUGAGUGAAGUAAAAAGUGGAAAAAGCUCCCUACAAAUAAUGUUCUUUUUCUUCUGACCGAAGGAUGGUCUUUGAAAGGCGAUGGAUGUUUGGAACACAAAUUAUUUGCGGAAUGCGCAGAGGAACGGCAGAUUAUCAUCAUAAAUGAAAUGAUAAUAAAAUGAUUAUUGAUAAAUUCGACUCUAGAACUAUGGAAAAAAGGGAGAGACUGUUAUUUUCCCUAUUUUACUUUAUGGCGGAGUUUUGUCCGAGUUCUCAGCAAGUACUCAGAAUCGGGGGGAUUUUUGAAACGCUUGAGAGUGAACCUGUAAGUGUCGAAGAACUGGCCUUCAAAUUUGCUGUGACCAACAUCAACCGAAACAGGACUUUGAUGCCGAACACUACACUGACGUACGACAUUCAGAGAAUCAACUACUUUGACAGUUUUGAAGCUUCUAGAAGAGCCUGUGACCAGCUGGCUCUGGGUGUGGCAGCGAUCUUUGGCCCCUCCCACAGCUCCUCAGUCAGCGCCGUCCAGUCGAUCUGCAACGCCUUGGAGGUGCCGCAUGUGCAGACGCGAUGGAAGCACCCAUCGACGGACAACAAAGACACCUUCUACGUCAACCUGUACCCCGAGUACUCCUCCAUCAGCCGCGCCAUCCUGGAUGUGGUGCAGUUCUACAAGUGGAAGGCUGUCACCGUGGUAUAUGAGGACAGCUCUGGUUUGAUGCGACUGCAGGAGCUGAUCAAAGCCCCAUCCAGGUACAACAUCAAGAUCAAAAUCCGACAGCUGCCCCUUGGGAGCAAGGACGCUCGGACGCUGCUGAAGGAGAUGAAGAAGGGCAAAGAGCUUUUCGUCAUCUUCGACUGCUCCUGGCAGACCGCUGCAAACAUCCUCAAACAGAUCUUGACUCUGGGGAUGAUGACAGAACACUAUCACUUCUUCUUCACAACUCUGGACCUCUUCGCCUUGGACCUGGAGCCCUACCGCUACAGUGGCGUGAACAUGACAGGCUUCCGCCUGGUCAACACUGACAGUGCGCAGGUGGCUGCGGUGAUGGACCGCUGGUCCAUGGAGCACCUGCAGGGUCCGCCCAGUCCUGACACGGGGCUUCUGGACGGAGUAAUGACGACAGAGGCAGCCCUGAUGUACGACGCCGUGUACAUGGUGGCCAUGUCGUCACAGCAGUCCGGCCAGAUGACCGUCAACUCCCUCCAGUGCCAUCGGCACAAGCCGUGGCGCUUCGGCGCCCGAUUCAUGAGCCAGUUCAAGGAGGCUCAGUGGGACGGUCUGACUGGACGCAUAGUGCUAAACAAAACAGAUGGACUGAGAAGAGACUUCGACCUGGAUAUAAUCAGCCUCAAGGAGGAUGGCUUGGGCAAGAUUGCUGUCUGGAACUCCAUCAAUGGCCUAAAUCUCACUGAGACCAAAAAGGAGAAAGUCACCAAUGUCACGGACUCAAUGGCAAACAGGACCCUCAUCGUCACCACAAUUUUGGAAAAUCCAUAUGUCAUGUACAAGAAGUCGGACAAGGCUCUGAAUGGGAACGAUCGCUUCGAAGGCUACUGCAUGGAUCUGCUGAAGGAGCUGUCAAACAUCCUCGGCUUUACGUAUGAGGUCAAGCUGGUCUCCGAUGGCAAGUACGGAGCGCAGAAUGACAAGGGCGAGUGGAACGGCAUGGUGCGCGAGCUCAUCGACCACAUUGCCGACCUGGCGGUGGCCCCCCUGACCAUCACCUACGUAAGAGAGAAGGUCAUUGACUUCUCCAAGCCCUUUAUGACGCUGGGAAUCAGCAUCCUGUACCGCAAACCUAACGGUACCAAUCCUGGGGUGUUCUCUUUUCUGAACCCACUCUCCCCGGACAUCUGGAUGUACGUCCUGCUGGCCUGCCUUGGCGUUAGCUGCGUGCUGUUUGUCAUUGCCAGGUUUACUCCGUAUGAGUGGUAUAAUCCUCAUCCCUGCAACCCUGACUCAGACAUUGUGGAAAACAAUUUUACAUUGCUUAAUAGUUUCUGGUUUGGAGUUGGAGCUCUCAUGCAGCAAGGAUCAGAACUGAUGCCUAAAGCUCUCUCCACCAGAAUCGUUGGCGGCAUCUGGUGGUUUUUUACCUUGAUAAUAAUAUCGUCCUACACGGCCAACCUGGCCGCCUUCCUGACGGUCGAGAGAAUGGACUCGCCCAUCGAUUCAGCUGACGAUUUGGCAAAGCAGACUAAAAUCGAGUAUGGUGCUGUGAGAGAUGGUUCCACCAUGACCUUCUUCAAGAAAUCCAAAAUCUCCACCUACGAGAAGAUGUGGGCGUUUAUGAGCAGCAGGAAGAACACAGCCCUGGUGAAGAACAACCGUGAGGGGAUACAGAGAGUCCUCACCACGGAUUACGCGCUCCUCAUGGAGUCCACCAGCAUCGAGUACAUCAGCCAGAGGAACUGCAACCUCACCCAGAUUGGGGGCUUAAUCGACUCCAAAGGCUAUGGUGUUGGGACUCCCAUUGGUUCGCCCUACAGAGACCAGGUGACCAUUGCCAUUCUUCAGCUUCAGGAGGAGGGGAAGCUACAUAUGAUGAAAGAGAAAUGGUGGCGAGGCAACGGCUGCCCGGAGGAGGACAACAAGGAGGCCAGUGCCCUGGGAGUGGAGAACAUCGGCGGCAUCUUUAUCGUGCUGGCCGCCGGUCUGGUGCUCUCGGUGUUCGUGGCCAUCGGCGAGUUCGUUUACAAAGCCAGGAAGAAGACCGAUGCGGAGGAGAUAGAUUAAGGCAGUGUUUCUCAGUCCAGCCUUCAGGGACCCCCAGACAGUCCACAUUUUUGCUCCCUCCCAGCUCUCAACACACCUGCAUCAGGUAUUCGGGAUUCUUGAUUGUUUGAUUGUGUUUCAGAUGUGUGGAACCUGGGAGGGAGCAAAAAUGUGCACCUUCUGAGAGUCCGCAAGGACUGGGUUUCGAAACACUGGAUUAGAGGUUAUAUUUGUCAGAUGUCAAUGCAUUAUUUUUUAUUAUUUGUUUGCAUAUGUUUGAUAAAUUUCUUUUGUCAUGACCCUUUGCCAUUCAUUUCAUAUGCAAAGGCCUUUUGUUUUGCUUGUGAUGUACAGCCACAGCGAUCACAUAGGCCCCCCUUUCGUAUAUUCCUCGGACACAUACCUGUUGUCGGACUUGUGGGACGCGUGUGGGAAGCUUCUCCGAGAUGAUGUAAUCCUCUCUCUAUGCUAGUUCUCAUACUGUCUGUGCAUUUUGUUGUAAGGUAUGUCUGAGACCUGCUAAAAGCUUACGUCGUUUCCCCCUAGUUCCUCCUCUUUCGUAUCUUCUCUUUUCUCAGGCUGUGAGGUCUAGGAUUUUCAGCCUUAUAUAUUUAAAAUGAUGAAAGAAGCUUGUGAGAGCUUUACUAACACAAAAAUGUGUUAGAGCAGAAAGAAUAAUGAUUGGUUCAGAGAGGUAACCAAUCAGAUUGUAGAAG